GCCAGCCCUUGCCUAGGAGGUCGCAAUGGUCGAUCCCGCCAUUACCAUCAGCCCCUCCACAGUACCAAGAGAAGAUGUGGCACAGGAAUCACCCCUUACAACCUCGAAACAAAUCCGGAAGAGUUCAGCUCUUGAUAGAGAAGGAUGGUGGAGGGUAACAUUAACGAAUACUCCAAUACCUGGCACUUACCACUUAAAGACGUUUCUUGAAGAAUCCCUAUUAAACCCAGUGAAGGCAACCUACAAUUUUAAGAAUGAAGGAAGGAAAAGGAUACCGCUUGUGCAGAGAAACGACCCGGUCCCAACUGACCUCCCGCAGUACAAGCCUCCUGACUUCCUGGAGCUGUUGAAGAACCAGAUGGCCUCGUAUUCAUUCAAAGACAAGCCCCGGCCAAACCCCAGCACACUGGUUGACAAAGACGAGUCACUCCAGCUUUGCCCGGGACAGUACGAGAUACUUCCUGCACCAGUCCCCAAGAAUACUUCCAGGAGUUUCGUAUUUCGUUCUGUGGUGCAAAGAUUCCCACCAAACUAUUUCACACCUCAUGAAGGCCCUGGACCUGGUAACUAUAACUUGAAACCACCUAUGACAAGCUCUGUUACUUCUUGUUUUCGAUCUAAAGUUCCCCGAUUCUUGCCUGUCACUUCAAAAACACCGGGUCCAGGAGCAUACACAGCUUCGAGACAGUACCCCAAGCAGUCCCCAACCAUUGCCAGAAUGGGUAGAGAACACAGCCUCUUUUUCAAUAAUACAAUCGGCUUUUAAA